CACUGCAGUCGACUAAACGUCACUUCCUGGUUUAGCUUCACCGGUAUCAACAAAUUUGACACGAUGAUCUUAUUAUCUAUGAUUGGAAAUAUUUACAGUACUAUGCAGCGAUCUUCGCUCAAAUUGAACACUCUAUUGUCACUUUUAUUCUCGCUAUCACUGUUUACCAAUUGCAUGGGUAUUGGUGAAGUGAUAUGGGCCGUAAAUUGUGGAGGGGAGGCUCACACAGAUAUUCAUGGAAUCAGGUACCAGGAAGACAAUUUGCAAGUUGGAAUAUCGUCUGAUUAUGGAAAGUCAUUAAUGAUUCAACGAGUAGUACCUCAAGAUCAAAUUUUAUAUCAGACAGAACGUUACAAUAUGAACACGUUUGGAUAUACACUUCCAUUGACAAAGGAUGGAAAUUAUGUUCUAGUUCUCAAAUUUUCAGAAGUUUGGUUCACAUCUCCAGGUCAAAAGGUAUUUGAUGUAAUGCUGAAUGGACAUCAUACUAUUAGCCAUGACUUAGAUAUUUAUGCAAAAGUUGGACGAGGGGUGGCCCAUGAUGAAAUAGUGCCUUUUCAAAUUCAUGGUGGACAGUUGAAAGUUAAUGGUGAGACAUCGGAUAUCGUAGAUGGAAAACUCAUCGUAGAAUUUGUUAAGGCUGACUAUGACAACCCUAAAAUUAAUGCGAUGUACGUCAUGCGUGGAACAGUAGACGAUGUACCCAAGUUGCCACCAUUGCAAGGUCUAGAUGGUAGCACAGAUGAAGAAGAGGAAGAAGAAGAAGAGGUGGUCAAUGACUCCAAACAAAAACAGAAUAUCCGUCCCUCCGGACCCAAAGUGAAGGACCCUUACUCAACCGACGAUACCAGUACAAUGCUGUUGCCAGUUUUUGUAGCGGUUGGCGCAUUUAUUCCAUUAUUGUUCUGUUUAUGCAAGUUGUAGUUUAUAGCCACCAUAGACAUGUGUAUGUUUUACAAUUGUGUGCUAGGAAAUUACAAAAGAAUAAACUUUAAGUUUUAUUUUUCAAAUUUUCACCUUGUUUUUUGUCAUUUUUAAUUAUACAUGUACUUGUUUAUGGAUAUGUUUCUGUAUUUUAAUCGUGCUUUUGAUGUUUUUGUUUUUUUUUUUCUUCGUAAUUCAAUUUUUUUUUUGUUGAUAAUGAAUAAAUGUCAGAAUUCCAUAAUGAUAAUGUAUUUCUUUUCACGAAUUAGAUGACAAAUUUGAAAAAGGUAAAAAAAGUUAUUUUAUUUACUUUUCGUACCGUAUCAGUAUGUUGUUAACCGUUAAUCUGCUGCAACCAAAAGUGAUAAGUCGUUGCCACCAGUAUAGAGCCAGGCCAGCCUGCACUUAUGUUAGUGCAAUUUUUUGGUAUUUUUUGAUAUAAAAUUCUCGCAAACUUUAAUCAAACCGUUUCAAAUUCAAAACUAGGCCAAGACAUCAUGCAUGGUCAGCAGGUUAAGGGUGAAAAUCACCUUAAGCGUGUAAAAAUUCAGCUGUUGUUUGAGUAGAUUAAAAACCUUUAUUCAUGUUUUGAAUAGGUUAAAUAUACACAAGUAUGUAACAGUAACAUGUAUUAUGGUCUUCAUAGAAAUACAUGUACUUAUAAUUAUUUAAUCAUGUAUUUUGAUGUAAGAAAAUGUUGCUAGAAACAAAAUGUUGGUAUUUGUUCCUCAGGGUUUAGAAAAAUAGAGUUGAGUCGAGUGUUACCCUGUUCCCUUACGUUUUAUUCACCAUUUCAAAAUUAUUUGGACCAGUUUUCUUUAUAUUCGUUGACAGAAAUAUUCCAAGUUUGAAAAAGAUGUUUACAUUUGUACAUGUACAUAAAUUUGUUUUUGUUCAAACAUUGCGGACAUAAAAAAAAUGUCAUGAAAGCGAUAUAUAACCAUUUCCUAGUUGUAUUAUUGUUUAUUUUUAUUCUUAUGUAAACAGAUACAAGAAAAUGUGUUUCACCAUUUUUAAAUGACGAUUGAUACUUCUACAAAACAUAUAUAUAUAUAUAAUGAAUGACAUCAUUUCAGGUUCCUUAUGUAUGAGACAGUUAUAUUUAAAUUUUAAGAUAAUGGCUGUUAAUGCAUAGAUAUAAGUACUGUAUGUAUAAAUGGUUAAAUUAGUGAUGCGGAAAUAUUGGCGAAUUUUGCAAAUGCCGAAAAUCACUAAAAUUUCCUCUAGCAUAAAUAUCAACCAACCUGUCAUUAAAUUCUAACCUUGCCUGAUUCGCUUAUAUUUCAUUUCCCAAAAUGUCUGGUAUUUUCAAUUUGUAACUUUUUGUCACACAGAAAUAUCCACUUAUUAAAGUAGUUUAGGGUAAAGAAACUCCUCCAUGCAAGUGUGUUCAAGUAGAGGAGCCUUGUGGCCUGAAAUAUUUAUUCUUUGGGAGUAAUGUUUUUUCAUAAUCAAUUUGUCCAUCUAUAGGUGGACUACCAUCAGAACAGUCGGGAUCUCUUUGCUUGGAUGGUUUAUGUAGCUGACUUGGAACACUAGUAAAAAUCAUUCAUUGUAACAAACUGAUGAGGGCAUUAUAGUAUCAUACUACAGUAACGAAAACAGCAAUUUAUUUUUUUUUUUUAAAUUAUGCCGUUAUACGCCAUCAUUUUCUUGACAUCACUACUAAUUUUUAAUUUUACAAGUACGGAAAUGGCUUGUAUCACAUAUUUUGUAGAUUUCAAAGUACACAUAGCUUAUUAACAAUUUCGGAAUAAAUUAUUGAUGUGGUUGAUUGAAAAUUUGUGUUUGUAUGUACAGUGAAAAAUGAUGUAAUAUUGUUUACAAUAAAUCAAUUGUUUAAAUGAAAUUCUGUAUGAAAUAUGUAUGAAACACACUAUAAAUGCCAUUUCAUCUGCAUUUUAUUUGCUAAUUGACAUUUAAUGACGUAACCAUGGCACCAGUAGUGUAUAGUUUUGAUAAAAUAUUUACAAGUCAUUUACUGUUUUAAAAUCUUUAUUUGAAGUAAUACCAUGCUUAAAUCAAACCCCUACAUUCAAAAAGAGGUCAAAAAGCGCUGAACCUACCUGUAUAAAUCAAAAU